AUGCCAAAACAACAACUCUUCCAGCUGCAAUUCACGGAUCGCGUUUUCCCGACAGUCACAUUAUGCCAUUUGAAUCCUUGGAAGAAGGAGGAAGCGAUGAAUGCCGAUCAAAAUAUAAGAAAAUUAGUGGAAGCUUACGAAAACUUAGGGACAAGCAGUAGUGAGUAUGGGUUCAGCGAGCGCCUAGAAGGAGUACGCCAGCAGAAAGCGACAAAAAUCACUGCACUGAUGAGCGAACGCCUUCACAGCAAGGCAAAUGUGCGUAAGACAAUGUUUUUCAAUGAUUGCAUUCCGAGGCAAUUCAAGCAAGAUCGAGAAAAAAUUUAAUU